AUGAUUGACAGUGUUAUCUUGGCUGCACUAACCCCCCGUAGGGGCUCUAUUGAUGAUCUGGCUACUAAAGUUGCUGCUUGUGAGAGCAGACAGGGGGAGACAUCUGAGGCUUUGGCUUUAAAAGCCAAAGUAGAAGAUUUGAGGAAGGACGUAGACUAUUUGAAGUCUACCAAUUUCACUUCAUUGAUGUGGGGUACAGACGACGAGGAUUCGCUUGAGACCGCGGGGAUUCCUCUGGAUACCACCACAGAUCUGCAGAGGGGUGGCACUAUAAAUAAGGAGUCAGAGGAAGAGGCCGACGAGGAGCUGAUAGAAGUACAUGAGGAGGAGAUGAGAGAGAGCCAAGAUAAGAGUAUAUUCAGAGAUUUUUCAGAUCUUGUGGAGACGGUUGUACAACAGGUGACCCAAACAUCUCUGACUUAG